CUAGUGUUAAUUUACUAGAUUCCAAAGCUUUAUAUACAAAGAGUGAAAGCAAUAGCGCAACCAUAUAGCAAAGGAAAAAACCACCACUUCCAAAGUCCAGAAACAGAGAAAUACACAAAAAAAUAAAAAUAAAAAUGGCGAAAUUGCAUAUUGCAAUGUACCCCUGGUAUGCUUUCGGCCAUAUGAUCCCUUAUGUUCACCUUGCCAACGAGCUCGCAGCGAGAGGACACAGAAUCUCCAUCUUGGUUUCGAAAAAAGCUCAGUCCAAGCUCGAAUCUCAUAAUCUCCAUCCCCACCUUAUAACCUUCAUCACCAUCACUAUUCCCCACGUCGAUGGCCUUCCUGAAGGUGCAGAGACAGCCCACGACGUUCCAAUGAAGAUGAACCAUCUGGUAUCCGAUGCAAUGCUUCUCACGCGUCAACAGGUCGAAGAAAUCCUAACCGCCGACAAACCCAAUUUCGUUUUCCACGAUUUUGCAUUUUGGAUACCACAAGUUACGAAGAAACUCGGGAUUAAAUCCGUUUGUUUCCUUGUCGUCUCUGCAACUUGCCUGGCCUCGGGUAUCAAACCUUUUCCAGAAGCUGGAGACGACAAGCCGUUGACAGAGGAAGAGCUUACUAGGCCACCACCUGCUUAUCCAUCGUCAACCGUCGUGUUUACUCUCGACGAAAUGAUGUCGUUUUUCGUCGCUCCGGAUUCCACUUGCGUGACCAAAUUGCACGAGCGGUUAACCACCUCCAUGACCGACUGUGAUGUGCUUGCUAUAAGAACCUGUACAGAACUGGAAGGUAAAUUCUGCGACUACAUACAAGCACAUUACCAAAAACCAUUGCUUUUGACAGGGUAUGUUCUGCCGGAAGAAGCCGAAUCAAAAUUAGAACAAAGGUGGGCUGAUUGGCUCCAAGGAUUCGAACCGGGUUCUGUUCUGUAUUGCGCAUUUGGAAGCCAAUAUGUACUCGAAAAAGACCAAUUUCAGGAACUCGUAUUGGGAUUCGAGCUGACCGGGUUGCCGUUUUUCAUUGCCCUGAAACCGCCGGUAGGUUGCACAAAUGUCGAGGAGGCAUUGCCGGAGGGGUUCGAAGAGAGAGUGAAAGGGAGAGGGGUGGUUCAUGGUGGUUGGGUUCAGCAGACAUUGUUUUUGAGCCACCCAUCGGUCGGGUGCUUUGUGAGCCAUUGUGGGUUUGGAUCCAUGUGGGAGUCCUUGUUGAGUGACAAGCAGAUUGUGCUGGUUCCGCACUUGGGUGAUCAGAUCUUGAACACGAGGUUGCUUUCUACAGAUCUGAAAGUUGCGGUGGAAGUGAAGAGGGAAAAAAAUCGGUGGUUCUCUAAGGAGAGCCUGAACGAAGCCAUAAAAUCUGUGAUGGAUAAAGAUAGUGAGGUUGCCAUUUUGUUGAAGAAAAAUCACCUCCAGCUGAGGGAAAUUUUGAUUAAACCGGGUUUCUCAAGUGGGUAUGUUGAUAGAUUUGUCCAGAGUUUGGAAGAGCUUUCGAACUAAGAAGUAGAAGAAGGCAAAUCAAAGGGCAUGAAUUAGCUUUAAGCAAUUAUUAGUUGGUUGACUUUGCUGUUUAUGUUCUUCAAUUUUUUUGCCAUAUUGUAGUUGUUCUAUUUCUUCAAUAUGAAUAAUGGAAAAUUUGCUUUAAAGCUAUUAAAAUUUCGGAAUCCCUCGGUUAACAUAUACAUAAUAUUUUAAAAUUACUUGCACUUCUCCCGAAUCAACACUACAGAGAAGCAGAUCAGCCAUAAAACAGAGAAACGCUAAUUGAUUAAUUUUUUGCUUCAAUUAUCUGGGAAGACAUAGAAAUUUUCGUUUGGCAUGUUUAGUAAGAGCAUUAUUUUAUAAAUGCUAUUUUGAUAUUAUUGUGAUGAUUUUUAAAAUUUAACAUUA